GGGAUUGAGAAAGAAAGUGUGGUGCCCUCUCCUCCACCUGCACUACCAAGUAAGGGCAAGGAAGAAGGGAAGGUGCAAAGUUUGGGGGCCGGAUAGCUUUGCUCUGGCUCCCCGGGGUCUGGAGCCAGUUCAUACACAAGUCUCCUCUGCACCCUCCAUCCCUCCGGCCUCCGCUCUCGCUCAGUCAGGGACCCAAACCAGUCCACGCGCUUUUCUCAAACUCGUCAACCCAGAUCCAGGAGGCGAAGCCCAAGUGCCAGCCUGCAAGCAAGGUCACCCGAGCCCGCGAGAGGCUCCGGUGUCUCCUGUGCCUAACUUCAAAGUCCACGAAGCGUGGCUUCUUCCUCCUUCCCCUCCCCCUUCCAUCCGAAUGAUAAAGGGCCAGGCCUGCCUGUCCCAGCAUGGCCUCAGGCCAGGACCCAGCCUCAGCACACGGUCCAGCUCCUCUGAACCCUCUGCUAGACCAGGCUCCUGCCCUGGCCUGCCCCCCUUGCAUGGGACCCUGCCGCGACUCUCGCCUGGGGCCACCAGAGGUAGAAUCUCCUUCGAAGCCCCCGAAGAGAAGGAAGAAGAGAUACUUGCGGCAUGACAAGCCCCCCUACACCUACUUGGCCAUGAUCGCCUUGGUAAUUCAGGCCGCACCCUUCCGCAGGCUGAAGCUGGCUCAGAUAAUCCGUCAGGUCCAGGCUGUGUUCCCCUUCUUCAGGGAAGACUAUGAGGGCUGGAAGGACUCUAUCCGCCACAACCUUUCCUCCAACCAGUGCUUUCGCAAGGUGCCCAAGGACCCUGCAAAGCCUCAGGCCAAGGGCAAUUUCUGGACGGUGGAUGUGAGCCUGAUCCCAGCAGAGGCGCUGCGCCUGCAGAACACUGCCCUGUGCCGGCAGUGGCAGAACCAGAGUACACACAGAGCCUUCGCCAAGGACCUGAGCCCCUAUGUGCUGCAUGGCCAGCCCUAUCGGCCACCCAGUCCCAGGUCAUCAUCCAGGGAAGGUUUCAGUAUCGAGUCCCUGCUAGGGGACCCAGGAAAGGAAGCAACGUGGUCACUGCAGCCCAACCCUGUUGAACAGAGCAGCCCAGCUCAGUCAGGCAACUGGUCCAAUAGGGAUGAGGUGGUGUCUACUGCACCCCAGAAUGCCUCUGAGAAGCCUCUGUGGCCCCUCUGCUCCCUUCCAGGGCCCACAAGAGUGGAAGGGGAGACUUCCCAGGGAACAGUCUUCAGGCCCUCUCCCCUCUCCCCAGAGCCGGCGUCCUGGCCCCUCCACUUAUUGCAGGGUUCCCCAGACCACAUGAGAAUGUCCAAUGGAGGAUGCAGGGCCUCCCUAUGGGGACAGCUACCUACAUCUUACUUGCCCAUCUACACUCCCAAUGUGGUAAUGCCCUUGGCCACACUACCUCCCACCUCCUGCCCCCAGUGCCCAUCUUCAACCAGCCCAGCCUACUGGGGGGUAGGUCCUGAAUCCCGAGGGUCCCAGGGCCUGCUCUGUGAUCUAGAUUCCCUCUUCCAAGGAGUACCACCCAACAAGAGCAUCUAUGAUGUGUGGGUCAGCCACCCUCGGGACCUGGCUACCCCUGCCCCAGGUUGGCUGGUCUCCUGGUACAGCCUGUAACAUCCCAGGGCAGACAGGCUGCUUCUCGCCUUCCCACGGAUACCAGCUUGAUGGAGAAUCUGAGCUAGAAGCAUGUCCACAGCCACAACAGCUUUGAAACACCAGGCAUAGCCUUGCUGAGAAUUCAUAACUUUUAUUGGACUACUCCAGAAAGGGUUGUGGCCCAGCUAGAGACGACCCUGGGCCUGGCCAGUCAUGCCUCUGCCCCUCCCACACCCAGGAACUAGGCUGAAGAAGCAAUAGUAGCCCCUCUUUUCUUGGGCUCUCAUGCCAUCCAUCACACUCUUGGCUGCCCCUCCUUGGCUCCAGGCUGGGGGAGGGGAAGAAGAAGGCAAAGGUGCGCCCAGCUUGAAGUCCUGCCCUCCCUCAUCAGUCUGGGAAGGAGAUAGCACCUUUUGGGGAAAGGGUCAGGAAAUGAAGAGACUGGACACCUCAGUCUCUUCUUUUGGGGGUGAUGGAAAUAGGGGAAACAACAGUAAAGGAAUUUACAACA